AUGUCUACUAUUUAUUACUGUAUUCCUUGUUUGACUCGUUUCAAAUGCAAGAAAAAUCUGUCUGAUAAGGAUAAACAGCAACGUGAGGAAGAAUAUUCGAAUACUGGAAAGGUUCCUCAAUGUGAUAAAUGUCUUAAAACUCAUUGGCGCUGCAAAGAUAAAAAAUGUACUCAAUGUUGUAAAUUGAACGAGUGUAAUGAAAUUGAAUGUUCAGCUUGUAAAGAAUCCAACAUUAAAUGUCAACGUGUUUUACCAAAAACAAAAGAGGAAUUUGCUAUAUUAGAAAAACUUGGACUUAUAUACGUUUCGGACAAACGUAUUCUUGCUCGUUGGAAAGCUUCAGAAUUAACAAGUGUUGAGAAUGGACCUUGGGAAUUUGGAAUUUAUCGUUAUUUAGGAACUUCUUCUGAAUUAAACAAAAGUGAUGAUACAUUAAACGAGAAGAGAUUAGAGGAUAUUGAGAGAAUCAAUCACAUUAUCGAAAAUAAUCUUACUAUAGACGAUAUAUUAAAGAACAAAAAGGAUUUAUUAUCGAGAUCGUGGCUUAGGAGUUUGAAAGAUCUUGAAUAUUUAAUUAAAAAAGAAAAAGAGAUUAGAGAAACAAAUAUUAAAAGAUUUUGGCGUCCGUGCUGUAUUUAUUUAUUUGGAUUUGGCGGCUCUGGAAAAAGUGGAUUAAUACAAGAAUUAUUUGGCGAUUGUCUGUAUUCAAAACCUCAGAAACAAAAAUCUGGUUCGAACUGGUUCAACGGUUAUAAUAAACAUGAAUUUGUUUUGUUUGAUGAAUGGAGACCUCCACAAGAGGCUUUUAAUUUUGGAAAUGGAAAUGUGAUAGAUAACACGACCCUACAUAGAGAUUUUGUUAUCCAAUUUACUGGAAAUUGGAACAAUAAAACUACUCAAAUUCACUUUUUAAAAGGAUCAGAAGAGGAUUUUCGAAACAUGGGUUUUGAUAUUGGGUUACGAAGGUCUGAUCUUUCAGAUGAUGAAAUUAUUGAAAAAAUCAAAAAAUCAGGUUUUAAAGAUGGAGAAAUUUUAUUCAAAGACGAUAAAGUUUAUUGGCGUCAAAACUUCCCUCAAUACAAGAAAAACUAUUUAAAGGACUAUCCGAAUGUAAAAGAAUUAUAUAAGUAUAAACAAGAACUCGAGAAUCCUCCUAUUGAACUAGAUAAUUUAGACUACGAUUCUCAAUUAAGUGAAUAUAAUUCUGAUGAUUCAAAUCAUACAAAAGAGAGAAAAUUGAAAAACAAAGCUAAUGGCAAACGUAAAGCAGACCAAUUAGAGAAAACAGUUGUUAAAAAAAGUAAAUUAUAG